AUCUGCCAAAGCACCAACCCCACCUGACUUGUCGUCUGUCUUCACUUUCAUUGGAAUCUCAGAAAACUUUUUUUGACUAUAAAAACUCUACCACUUGCUUCUUCACUCUCACUGUGCCCUCACAUCUCUUCGUCUUCUCCGAUCUCUCUACGAUUCAUUCUUCAAUGGCUUCCAUUGCUGCUUCUGCUUCUACUUCCCUACAAGCUCGUCCUCGCCAACUGGCGAUUGCGGCUAAUCAAGUUAAAAGCUUUAGCUAUGGAAGAAGAAGCCAUCUUUCUUUUAAUCUUCGCCAGCUUCCUACCCGUUUGACUGUUUCCUGCGCUGCAAAAUCUGAGACAGUGGACAAGGUGUGUGCAGUUGUCAGAAAGCAACUCUCACUUAAAGAGGCUGACGAAAUUACCGCUGCCACCAAAUUUGCUGCACUUGGUGCUGAUUCUCUUGAUACGGUGGAGAUUGUGAUGGGACUAGAGGAAGAGUUUGGGAUUGAAAUGGCGGAGGAGAAAGCACAGUCAAUCGCUACAGUUGAGCAAGCAGCUGAGCUAAUUGAGGAGCUCUUGUUGGAAAAGGCAAAGUAGAAUAUCGUUUUAUUACAUUAGCAAAAAACCAAACCACUAUCUUCUUAUUGUUUUGCUAGCUAGAGAGCAACUGUGUCUGUUGAGAUCUAUGCUAUAUUUUGGUAAAAUUAUUACAAGGCUUGUAUUUGACAUAUCUUUCUUCUAAAACAUUUUACCUUCACCCUUGAUAAAACUCUCUAUCUUACGAAAGUUAUGUAGUCUCCUUUUUUCUAAAAA